GUAUACCUAGAUUGAGGUAUUAGCAUUCUGACUUCAAAAUUAAGUACAGACAAACAUGUCCACUUUCGCCUUCCUUCUCCUCUGCGUUCAGGCAUGCCUGAUCCAGAACGUGUACAGCAACUGUCUCGGUAGAACCACCUUGGGUCUUGCCGCCCCCGGAAUUGCUCCCCUCGGUGUGCCCGCCUGCGGUGCCGCUCUCGCUGGUCCCGCCCUGACUCCUUUCGGCGCCCCUGCUCUCGCCGCCCCCGGUCUCGGCUGGGCUGGUCUUGCUGGUCCCGCUGUCGGCACCUACGGAGGCACUGGCAUUGGUAACGUGGCUGUCGCCGGUGAGCUGCCCGUGGCUGGUACCACCGCCGUCGCCGGACAGGUGCCCAUCAUCGGCGCCGUGGAGUUCGGUGGACCCGCUGCCGCCGCUGGUGCCGUCACUAUCGCUGGCAGCUGCGGCUGCGGAUGCGGUGCCCCUUACAUUUAUUAAUUACGUACGACAACUAUGACUAAUAAAUAAACUUAAUAUGGCAAAA